CGAAUCCUAGUAGCCUUCUAGAGUUCUAGACCUCGGGCGCGUGUUUUGUCAGUUCUUGACCCGAAGACAUUAAACAGAGAGGCAUUAAAGGCAGUGAGUGAGCAACCGGGCGAGCAAAGCACACAUCGUCGUCCUCUACUUAUAUAAGCAACGGCAGCAGCAGCGCAUCAUAUAUCGUUGUCUCGAGAAAGCGUCAAAAUUAAUAAAUUAAGCACACAUGAUGGAGCCGCAGUCGGCGCGGGCGCGGCGGAUCGCCAGGAGCAGGGAGGAGAUGAUGGGUCUCCUUGCUGAUUUCUCUGCCGGGGGCGGGGAAGAAGAAGACUCGGACCGCGAGCUCUCCUUCUCCGACCUCGUCGAGGCCAUCGGGCAGCCGAGCGCCGCCGCGGACCACGUCUCGAAGGAGGAAAAGGAGGAGGAGGACGUCGUGGCGUCGGCGAAGCGGCAGGCGGCGGCGGCGGCCAUGGCGGGGAAAGAGGUCAGGAGGCUGCGGAGACGGCGGAGCAACGGCAGGGGGAGCGGCGGCGGGGACGGCGUGCUGCUCAACUUCUACGUGCCCGGGCUGCUCUCGAGGAGCAUGACGGCGCCGCGCUCCGGCCGGGGCGCGCUGCCGACGGCGGCAGCGGCUUCUUCAGGGGCCGGGCAUGGCGUGCCGGCGAGGGCUGCCGCCGGCAAAUCAAGGAUGCAAGCGCCUCUGGCCAUCGGCUGCUGGCCGGCGUUGUGGGGCAGGGGCCGCGACCACCGUAACAAGCCAGUAUGAGUCGCCGUUUGUUCAUGUACAUACAGAGCCAGACAGAGGUGUGCUUCAUUGCAUACCUUCCUGUGUAGAAUAGCUGAUUUGAGAGCCUUUUUCUCUCCAACCACCUGUAAAUUAUCGCUCUCCCUUUCUUUGUUUAGUGUUUGUGUUGGUGGUGCUGAUCAUGACACUGAUCUUUCUUGCAACCGUGACAUAUCAACCGUCGUAGGCUUUACUCUGUCA